AUGAACAAUGAUUCGUUUUUCUUUGACGUGUCAACAACACCAAGAUCCUUCAUAAGACGUGGAGUUUUGUCAGUUGUCAACAGCUUAUUUGAUCCUAUCGGAUUUCUAGCACCGAUAACAAUCCAAGGCAAGCUGAUACUUCGCAACUUGAUGAAUGGAACGACAGACUGGGAUGAACCUCUCCCACCAGAUAAACUUUCUGAAUGGGUCACUUGGAAAGACUCACUGGUUCAACUCAAACAUGUCCACAUCCCUCGGUGUUAUUCAACUGAGUCAUUGAGCCAAGCUUCUAAAGUUGAGCUGCAUGUUUUUUGUGAUGCAUCAGAAUUCGCCAUCGCAGCUGUGUCCUAUUUGGUGAUUUAUUCUACUGAUUAUAGCCGACACAUUAGCUUCGUCAUGGGGAAGGCCAAAGUAGCACCAGCAAGUGGACACACUAUUCCUCGUUUAGAACUGUGUGCAGCAGUUCUGGCAGUACAGAUAUCAGAAAUUGUGAUGGACAACAUAGGAAUAAAAUUUCACGACAUAAACUACUACUCCGAUAGCAGAAUAGUCUUAGGUUACCUCUACAACAUAUCAAAAAGGUUCAUGACAUAUGUAAGCAAUCGCGUAGAAAAAGUCAGAAAGAUAAAUCGUCCAGAUCAGUGGAAUUAUAUUUCCACUCAGUUGAACCCAGCGGAUAUUGGGACUAGAGGUAUUCAUGUUGAUAAGAUCCAAGACAGUCUUUGGUUAGUGGGACGUGUCGUCGAGGUAUUCCCCAGCCAAGAUGGGAAAAUGAGAAAAAUCAAGGUGGCCAUAAGCAGGAAUGGCAAACUUCACUACUAUAUCAGACCUAUUGUUAACAUAGUGCUUCUUGUGACGAAUGACAGUUACUUUUUGAAUAAUAAUGAGUGUGUCAGUUAUUCUAUUAAGGACUACCGUAUUCGUAUAUACAAACAUGUGAAUUAA